GUUAAAACCUUUGCACUGGGAAAGGCCCAAGUCUCGCGAGAGCUUGGCAGGACCCAACGGAACGUGGGGCCCGACUUAUCACAAGGGGCAUUUGUUGGGGGCGGAGCUUUGACGGGAGCUUUCCGGGAGCCGUUUGUGCCCGGGGUAGCCCCGUUCCGGCCAAGCCGCUUUAGCGGGGGACGUAGCCAUGAAGGAAGAGAAGGAGCACAGGCCUAAGGAGAAGCGAGUAACCCUGUUAACCCCCGCCGGGGCCACAGGCAGCGGUGGUGGGACCUCGGGGGACAGCUCCAAGGGGGAAGAUAAGCAGGAUCGCAACAAGGAGAAGAAAGAAGCGCUGAGCAAGGUGGUAAUUCGAAGAUUACCUCCCACUUUGACCAAGGAGCAGCUUCAGGAACAUCUUCAACCUAUGCCUGAGCAUGAUUAUUUUGAGUUUUUUUCUAAUGAUACGAGUUUGUAUCCUCAUAUGUAUGCCAGAGCAUACAUCAACUUUAAAAACCAAGAGGACAUUAUUUUGUUCAGGGAUCGCUUUGAUGGUUAUGUAUUCCUUGACAAUAAAGGUCAGGAAUAUCCCGCUAUAGUAGAAUUUGCACCUUUUCAAAAAGCUGCGAAAAAGAAGACUAAGAAAAGAGAUACCAAAGUCGGGACUAUCGAUGAUGAUCCUGAAUAUAGAAAGUUUUUGGAAAGUUAUGCCACAGAUAAUGAGAAAAUGACAUCUACUCCAGAGACACUGCUAGAGGAAAUAGAAGCAAAAAAUAGAGAAUUAAUAGCUAAAAAGACAACCCCACUUUUGAGCUUCCUGAAAAACAAGCAGAGAAUGAGAGAAGAAAAGAGAGAAGAAAGAAGGAGGAGAGAAAUAGAAAGAAAAAGACAAAGAGAAGAAGAGAGGAGGAAAUGGAAAGAAGAAGAGAAACGAAAAAGGAAAGAUAUAGAAAAGCUAAAGAAGAUAGACAGAAUUCCAGAAAGGGACAAAUUAAAGGAUGAACCAAAGAUUAAGGUACACAGGUUUCUGUUACAAGCUGUGAAUCAGAAAAAUCUGCUCAAGAAGCCAGAAAAAGGGGAUGAAAAAGAAUUGGACAAAAGAGAAAAAGCCAAGAAAUUGGACAAAGAGAAUCUCAGUGAUGAAAGAGCCAGUGGGCAAAGUUGUACAUUGCCCAAGCGUUCUGAUAGCGAACUUAAAGAUGAAAAACCAAAGAGACCUGAAGAUGAGAGUGGCAGAGACUACAGGGAGAGGGAACGGGAAUAUGAACGAGAUCAGGAGCGCAUACUUCGAGAAAGAGAGAGGCUGAAGCGGCAAGAAGAAGAGCGCCGUAGGCAGAAGGAGCGCUAUGAGAAAGAGAAGACUUUUAAGAGAAAAGAAGAAGAAAUGAAAAAAGAGAAAGACACACUUCGGGAUAAAGGAAAGAAGGCUGAAAGUACAGAAUCAAUAGGCAGCUCAGAAAAAACUGAAAAGAAAGAAGAAGUGGUCAAGAGAGAUCGAAUAAGAAACAAGGAUCGUCCAGCGAUGCAGCUUUACCAACCAGGAGCUCGAAGCCGAAAUCGACUCUGUCCCCCUGAUGACAGCACCAAGUCUGGAGAUUCAGCAGCAGAAAGGAAGCAGGAAAGUGGUAUUAGCCAUAGAAAAGAAGGAGGAGAGGAGUGAUAAGUCCAGAUGGCCUUAGGUGUCCUGACUGUCUAGGCAGCCAAAGAGCACACGUUAAGCAAUCCAGAGGUGCCUUCAGGGCAAAGAAUAGAGAGAAAGGGAGUCGCUGUGCUGGUGGGGUACACUGCAGAGGAGUAAGUCUUGUGUCAAAGCAGGAAUCUGAUCAGAGGUUCAGAAUUGGAAGUACAAUUUCAUUGCUUUUGCAAUUUCUACAAAUUAAAGUGUCAGAAAAAGGUGACGGCAAGGACAUGCAUUGCAAUUUGCAGGGGGAAUUGUCAAGUGAGGACUUCAUCACAUAUGACACGAGAGAAAAGUAAGAGCUGGUUCUAAUAUCAAAAGCUGUUGUUCAUCCCGAAUUGAAUUUUCUGAAUUUGGGUGGAGCAGAGUCGCUUUGAAUCCUUGUUCCGAUCUAAUUCUAUUGUAUUGUUGAUGAUAAGUGUUGACAUUGGGUAGUGUAGAAGCAACAAGCAUGUCCUUGUAGUACAGGUACAGUGAAGGAUAGAACACACUUUCGUUGAUACAAAAAUUUAAAUAGUUAUGUUACUUCUGUAUCCAGUGUCCUAAAGUUUUAGGAUUAGUUUUAGUUUUUUGUUUGCUUAUAUGAGCUUAGCGUAAAGAAUAUUCUUAAACUUCGUGUUUUGUCGUCAGCAUCUUUUCUAUUAAGAGGUAAAAUGUAGUCCUUGUUUGACUCUUGACAAUCCAGUGUGUUUGAUCUUAGGUCUCAUGAUCUGAGUGCAUACCCUCUCCAGGAAGGAAACUGCACCAAUGUCUAUUCCUGUUAAAUAGCAACUUUUAGUCUCAGCUUGUUUUGUUUUGAUGUCAAUAAAUAGUAACAGCAUUCAAGUGUGAA